AUGAGACUCACAACCUGGAAUGUCAAUGGCAUUCGUAAUCCCUUCUCGUACCAGCCAUGGAACACCGCUCGCAGCUUCUCCGCCAUGUUCGAUAUCCUCGAGAGCGACAUCGUAGUCAUGCAAGAGUUGAAGAUUCAGAGGAAAGAUCUUAGAGAUGACAUGGUCCUGGUGGAUGGAUGGGACUGCUACUUCAGCUUGCCGAAGCAUAAGAAAGGAUACUCAGGCGUUGGUAUCUACACACGAAAUGCAACAUGUGCUCCCAUCAAAGCAGAGGAAGGACUACUCGGAGUACUGCCGUCUCCAUCUGGCACGCCGUAUCGUGACCUGCCUGAGAACGAGAGCAUUGGUGGUUAUCCAACUCCGUUGCAAGAAGCCGAGCUAGGCGUGGAUGCAGCAGCACUCGAUGCCGAAGGUCGAUGCGUGGUGGUUGAAUUUCCAGCGUUCGUGCUGUUCGGGGUGUAUUCGCCAGCUAAUAGCAAUGGCCUGCGUGACGACUUCCGAUAUGGCUUCAUCCGCGCACUGGACUGUCGAAUCCGUAACUUGAUAAAGGAGGGCAAGAACGUCGUUCUGGUCGGCGACCUGAAUGUCACCCGCCACGAGAUGGAUUCUGGACCAACCCUCGAAGACAUCCGCAAGUCGCUGAUCACAAGAGAGGAGUACCUCAUGUCGCCUAACCGGCGCAUCUUCAACCAGCUUCUGAUCGGUGGCGAGGUCUUGGACGAGCGGGAUGAAGGCAGAGAGCAGGGCGUGCUCUACGACACCACGCGCGAGUUCCAUCGUGAUCGAGCCGGCAUGUACACACAUUGGGAGACGAAGAUCAACGCCAGACCUGGCAACUAUGGCAGUCGGAUCGACUUCGUACUUGUGUCGGCAGCAAUGCGUCCUUGGCUGAAAGACGCCAACAUCCAAGAAGGCUUGCUUGGCUCCGACCACUGCCCGGUAUUCGUCGACUUCAAGGAUGCCAUACCCUGGAAUGGUAGGGAUACCUCUUUGCUGGACGUAAUGAACCCACCUGGUGCAUUUGUUGAGGGUGAGAGGAAGCAGGAGUGGAAGAUAGCAUCGACGCCUGGUUUCUCGGCGAAGCGAAUGCCCGAGUUCGACAAGAGGCGGUCGAUCAAGUCGAUGUUCGCAGCACCAGCACUGAAGAAGCCCCAGCCUUCUCAGCAAAUUACCAAAGACGCCCAAGAUGGUGUGGUUCAAGCGACAGAUAUAGCCCAGUCGAAAGGUCUGGAGAUGAAGUCGGACUUGUCCGUCAACGAUUCUGGUCCGUCUCAAUCGACAAGCCCGGAUUCGAAGCGCAAGGCAUCAGUCAACCAAGAGUCCCCCCUGAAGAAGCAGAAGUCGGAGCCGAAGACCUCGUCUUCGAAAGCACAGGCACCGUCCAAAGGACAGCAGAGCUUGAGGGGCUUCUUCCAAGCCAAGAGCCAGCCUGCUCCAGCAGCCGCGCUGAAGGACGCCGCGAGUACCGACAUCGUUGGCGACACGCAAUCCAUGGACGAAGUUGAUGCCGAGCAGUCACAGUCUGCUGCAACGCCCACGAACACCCAGCCCUCUGAGUUCGCCAGUCCCAGCCCAUCCCCAAGCAAAUUCGCCUCCCAACUCGCCUCCGCUGAGCAGACCCAACGCUCAUGGGGUGCACUCUUCUCCAAGCCGGUCGCGCCGCUGUGCGAGAGCCAUCAGGAGCCGUGCAAGACGAUGCAGACCAAGAAGAAAGGCUCGAAUCAAGGACGAAGCUUCUGGAUGUGUGCCCGACCGCUGGGUCCUAGUGGUGACAAAGAGCGAGGCACGCAAUGGCGCUGCCUGACUUUCAUCUGGUGCUCUGACUGGCAGCCGAAGAAAGAGGGUGCAAGCGUGAAGUCGCCUGCGAAAGGAUGA